AUGUAUUCCUUUCUCUUCUUAUCUCUCCUAACUCUCUCCCUCCUCUCACUCCUCUCCGCUAUCUUCUUUCUCCUCCAAGCUUCCCGCCGCAGAGCUGCUGUGUACCGGCAGAAACUCUUAUCCGAACCCCAAACCAUACUCGAACCGGAAUCUUCUCCAUCGGAGAUUUCCGACGUAGCCCAGUACCAAUCCCUCGAAGCUAACCGGACCCGUCUAGCGAAUUCGCGUCUCUACGAACUUCUGCUCUCCGAUAAGAAGGAAGAGUCGGAUUGGGAGGGGGGAGACCAAGGAGGGUCUGCGAAGAUGAAGAAGAAGAAGAAAAAGAGAGUUAAGAAGAAGAAAUCAGAGCUGAUAGAGGGUGGAAAUGAUGAAUCCGGCGGCGGAAAGCGGCCUGGUGAAGGAGAUGGGUUAGUUUUGAAUCCGAUUCCGAUUUCGGAAAUCAAACCGGAGUUUGUUUGCUUGUAUCCUUUCACCUCGACGACCAGUGCUACGCAGAGGAAGAUUAAGCAGCAAUACGACCACCUUGUCAAAUGCAACAGUGCCAAAGGAUUGACCCUAGCUCAGGUUGGAGAGUUUGCUAAUUGUCUGAUAGAAACCAAAAAUGAACUACAGCACAAGUCAGAGGUGAUCAAGCGCAAGUAUUCAAUAGCAAAAGCUCUUCUCUUAAAGGCCGAUAAAUCUUCCUUUGACCGAGUUCGUCAACAGAUCUACAAGUUAGAGAUGGAACAAAAAAAGGUAGAGGAAGAUGCACUUGUAUAUAACUGGCUCCAACAACAACUAAAACUUUCACCUGCAUACAAAAAGGUUCUUGAGAUAAGCGCUUCCAUGGAACUCAAAAACAAAUCGAGGACAGAGUUAGAGAGUCCAGAUGACGAGUGUUCAGACAUCUCAUUCGAAGAGCUAUUGGAACAGGAGAAGAAAGACUCCUUUUGGCAUAAAAAUGGAAGAUUGCGAACUUGCAGAACCUGA